UGGGGGAGGGGCACCGCUGGGCUGGGGGAGGGGCUGUGACCCCCCCUUCCUGUGCUGCCUGUGGGGGGCUGUUCCAGCCAGGCAGGGGCCUCAGGCCGCUCGCUGCUGCCCCCUCUGUGGUUGAAUGUUGCACGUUCACCGCAGGGCCCGUCGGCCCGUCUGUCUCUGGCUGUUGGUGCUUCCAGGCGCUCACGCUCAACGCAAGCCGAGAGGCCGAAGAUUGUGGUUGAGUUUCAGCAGUUGCGGCAGUUCCUGGAGGAACAAGAGCAACUCCUGCUGGCCCCUCUGGAGAAGCUGGGAGGGGAAGUGUCAGAAGCCAUCAAGUGAAUUCCUGCAGGCUGCAGAACACCCAUGUCUGACUCCAGCUUAGCCCCUGGCCUGCAGGGCCAGGGACAGGAAAUGGCCGUGGCGAAGCCAGUGAGCUUCCAGGAGGUGGCUGUGUAUUUCUCUGAGGAGGAAUGGGCUCUGCUGGCCCCGGGCCAGAGAGCCCUCUACUGGGAUGCGAUGCAGGAGAAUUACGAGGCUGUGAGCUGGCUGGGAUUUCCAGUCCCCAAAGCUCAUGUGCUUUCCUGGGUGGAGCAAAGGGAAGAGCUGCAGACCCUGGAUAUCCAAGGCUGUGAGGAAGGGGAGAUCAUCAGUGACACCCACGCAGGUGAUAAGAUGCUGAAUGAGAACAGUGAGAGGAGUCUUCAGGAGGAAGGACCUGAGCAAAUGGCUGCAUGUGGGGUGUUAGUGGGAAGAUCUGAAGAGCAUGUUUCUCACAAUCCUGAGCAAGGAGAGACUUGUGACAGACAGUGUAGCCUACAAAGGCAGCAGGGAAACCAUCCUGGAGCAGGACAGGAUAAAUCCAGUGACAGGAGCAGAAGGUUGAAAACAAAUACAGAAACUGUUCAAACAAAAAUCCUCCAUCAACAUUCACCUUGUUCUUGCAGUGACUGUUUAGCUCUUAUUAAACAUGAAAGAGCCCAAGCAGGAAGGAAACCCAUUAGCUGCUCUGACUGUGGGAAAAGCUUCAGUCGGAGGUCAAACCUUGUUAGCCAUAGGAGAACCCACACAGGAGAGAAACCCUUCAGCUGCUCUGAGUGUGGGAAAAGCUUCAGUGACAGGUCAUACUUUGUUAGGCAUAGGAGAGACCACACAACUUCAAUUAUAGUUAUGACUAUGGGGUCUGUUGAUGCUGUGUAUGGACUGCCUGUCAUGGGGAAAGAAUGUCCAAUGAGUGACUAUGCUAAUCAGUAUGGAUCCAAGGACAAUGGCUCUCCGGGUGGCCAAUACACAGCUGAGGAAUGCAUGUG